CAGGCCGAGCCAGACGGGACGGGGCGCCUGGCGGCCGCGCAGCGAAGCAGCAGAGCGCGGCGCCCGAGCGGGAGCGAGCUCCGCGGCCAUGGAGAAGGCGCGGCCGCUGUGGGACAACCCGCUGCAGUUCGUGUUCGCCUGCAUCUCGUACGCCGUGGGCCUGGGCAACGUGUGGCGCUUCCCCUACCUGUGCCAGAUGUACGGCGGAGGUAGUUUCCUGGUGCCCUACCUCAUCAUGCUCAUCGUAGAGGGAAUGCCGCUCCUGUACCUGGAACUGGCGGUGGGACAGCGCAUGCGGCAGGGCAGCAUAGGUGCCUGGAGGACCAUCAGCCCCUACCUCAGUGGUGUCGGCGUGGCCAGCGUGGUGGUGUCCUUCUUCCUCUCCAUGUACUACAACGUCAUCAACGCAUGGGGCUUCUGGUACCUCUUCCACUCCUUCCAGGACCCCCUGCCGUGGUCUGUCUGCCCACUGAAUGGCAACCGCACAGGCUACGAUGAGGAGUGUGAGGCAGCCUCCUCCACGCAGUACUUCUGGUACAGGAAAACCCUCAACAUCUCGCCGUCCAUCCAGGAGAACGGGGGCGUGCAGUGGGAGCUGGCGCUGUGCCUCAUCCUGGCCUGGCUCCUGGUGUACCUGUGCAUCCUGCGGGGCACUGAGUCAACCGGCAAGGUGGUGUAUUUCACUGCAUCGCUGCCCUACUGUGUGCUCUUCAUCUACCUGAUCAGGGGCCUCACGCUCCAUGGAGCCACCAAUGGCCUGGCCUACAUGUUCACUCCCAAGAUGGAGCAGCUGGCCAACCCCAAGGCCUGGAUCAAUGCAGCCACCCAGAUCUUCUUCUCGCUGGGCCUGGGGUUCGGCAGCCUAAUUGCCUUCGCCAGCUACAAUGAGCCCUCCAACAACUGCCAGAAGCACGCCAUCAUCGUGUCCCUCAUCAACAGCUCCACCUCCAUAUUCGCCAGCAUCGUGACCUUCUCCAUCUACGGCUUCAAGGCCACCUUCAACUAUGAAACCUGUUUGAACAAGGUGAUUCUGCUGCUGACCAAUUCUUUCGACCUUGAAGAUGGCUUUGUGACAGCCAGCAACCUGGAGCAGGUGAAGGGCUACCUAGCGUCCGCCUACCCCAGCAAAUACAGCGAGGUGUUCCUCCAGAUGAAAAACUGCAGCUUAGAGUCGGAGCUGAGCACGGCAGUCCAGGGCACUGGCCUGGCUUUCAUCGUCUACUCGGAGGCCAUUAAGAACAUGGAGGUGUCCCAGCUGUGGUCGGUGCUCUACUUCUUCAUGCUGCUGAUGCUGGGCAUGGGGAGCAUGCUGGGGAACACGGCCGCCAUCCUCACCCCUCUGACGGACAGCAAGGUCAUUUCCAGCCGCCUGCCCAAGGAGGCCAUCUCAGGUCUCCUGUGCCUCGUCAGCUGUGCCAUCGGCAUGGUGUUCACCAUGGAGUCCGGCAACUACUGGUUCGACAUCUUCAACGACUACGCUGCCACGCUGUCCCUGCUGCUCAUCGUCCUGGUGGAGACGCUCGCCGUGUGUUACCUGUACGGGCUCAGGAGAUUUGAAAGUGACCUUAAGGCAAUGACCGGCCGCACCCUGAACUGGUACUGGAAGAUCAUGUGGGCCGGCGUGAGCCCACUGCUCAUCAUCAGCCUCUUUGUCUUCUACCUGAGUGACUACAUCCUCUCCGAGGCCCUGCAGUACCAAGCCUGGGACGCCUCCCAGGGCCAGCUCGUGACCAAGAAUUACCCGCCGCAUGCGCUGGCCGUCAUUGGGCUACUCGUGGCCUCCUCCAUCAUGUGCAUCCCCCUGGUGGCCCUGGGCAUGUUCAUCAUGCGCUGCCUCAGGAGGGCAGACACAGCCUCCGUGGCCUGAGAACUGGCCUUGCGGGGACUGCUGUCAGCCGCUCACGGUUUUACAGCUACGAUUUACAGACGGAGCCUCCUUGGCGGCUUUUUAAAAUAUUUACUCCAGAAGUGCUCUGCCCAUCAUCCUCCUGAGUCUGUCCAGAAGAAUUAGGAAGGCGUGGAGGAGGAAGAUCCCCACCCCCCAUCCCCGAAGCAGCCCUUUGUCCCCUCUGCCUCCCCCCAAGGUUAUUGUCACCAAAGAGGCAGGUUUUUCAGGACCAGUCUUGAAGAUAUUUGCUUUCUUGAUUCUAGGAAAGUCCCAGAAUUAGGGCACACUGUGAGAUGAAAUUUGACUAUAAUUUUUAUGGAAUAAAAUUUAAGCUUUUUUUUUUUUUCUGAAGAGAUCUCAAAAUAUUAGAGGGCAAUCAUUUUUAGAUCAGUUUGAAAAGGAGUUUUGUAAGUGCCUGACAUACUUGCAUGUCAUUGGUACAAAAUUAGUUCUGUUUUUAGUCACAGUGAGUAUGCCAUUGCUGUGUUCUCCUUCACUAAUAGGAUUGACUGGCCGUAAAGAAAGAAGGCCUUUGUUUGGGGCCUGCGAGGGAACUCACUUUUCUCUAAUCUGAGGUCUCUCACAGAGGCUCCAGGACCAGUCCUCUUUACAAAAAUUGCCCCAACUACAGUUUGCAACCCCAAACCACCUCGGGCAUGGUGACGUGAGGAGUCGAUGCCCCCGGCCCCGCCCCUAGUGUCUCAGCGCACUGGAAAACGUGCGAGCCACCGCGAGGAGGAAAUGAGUCUAGCUUUCCCAGAGGCUUCAUGUUAUAUUUGGACGUGACAGCCAGUUCUUUCUAGGAGAGACCACGAACAUUACUUACAAUCACUUAUAAAUUAUUUAUCUGUACAGAAGUUUUCUAAAUAUACAUAACUUAUACAGAGCACCUUAUAAGUGAAGACAAGCUGUUUUUUUUUAGUUAAGAUUAUGAUAGUUAACAACCUUGUGAAAUUACAGUUGUACAUCAUUAUUA